AUGGCGGCCACACCAACGGCCACACCAAUCGCCAGACCAAUCGCCAGGUCAAUGGGACCGGACGGCUUCACUGCCGUGCAGACACGCCAAAACCCGCACCCACAUGCCUCACGGAAUCCAUACGGCCACAAUGCCGGAAUUACAGACUUCCUGAGCAAUGUAUCGAGAUUUAAGAUUAUCGAGAGUACUCUACGUGAGGGCGAGCAGUUUGCGAAUGCCUUCUUUGAUACGGAGAAGAAGAUUGAGAUUGCGAAGGCCUUGGAUGAUUUUGGUGUAGAUUAUAUCGAACUUACCAGUCCAUGUGCUUCGGAACAAUCGAGGAAGGACUGUGAAGCCAUUUGCAAGCUUGGAUUGAAGGCAAAGAUUCUCACGCAUAUCCGAUGCCAUAUGGAUGAUGCCCGCGUAGCUGUCGAGACUGGCGUUGAUGGAGUCGACGUUGUCAUUGGCACUUCAUCAUAUCUCCGUGAACACUCCCACGGAAAGGAUAUGACCUACAUCAAGGAUACUGCGAUUGAAGUCAUCGAAUUCGUCAAGUCCAAGGGCAUUGAGAUCAGAUUCUCGAGUGAAGACUCAUUCCGAUCAGACCUCGUCGAUCUCCUUUCCAUCUACUCCGCCGUGGACCAAGUGGGCGUCAACCGCGUCGGCAUCGCAGAUACCGUCGGCUGCGCCUCACCCCGACAAGUCUACGAACUUGUCCGCGUCUUACGCGGCGUUGUCAAUUGCGACAUCGAAAUCCAUCUCCACAACGACACGGGCUGCGCCAUCGCCAACGCUUACUGCGCCCUUGAAGCCGGCGCCACGCACGUCGACACUUCCGUCCUCGGAAUCGGCGAGCGCAAUGGCAUCACACCUCUCGGCGGCCUCAUGGCGCGCAUGAUUGCCGCAGACCGAGACUACGUCAAAAGCAAAUACAAGCUCGAGAAGAUCAAGGAUAUCGAGGACCUGGUCGCCGAAGCGGUGCAGGUCAACAUCCCCUUCAAUAACUACAUCACGGGCUUCUGCGCUUUCACGCACAAGGCCGGUAUCCACGCCAAGGCCAUCCUCAACAACCCCAGCACAUACGAGAUCAUCAACCCAGCCGACUUUGGUAUGACCCGCUACGUGCACUUCGCCUCGCGCCUGACGGGCUGGAACGCCAUCAAGUCGCGCGCGCAGCAGCUGAAUAUCGAGAUGACCGAUGCACAGUACAAGGAGUGCACGGCCAGCAUUAAGCUGCUGGCAGAUAUCAGCCCAUUGCGGUUGAUGAUGCGAUAG